AUGGAGAGAUCGAGUCGAUUCGAGGAAGAUGUACAUGAACUCCCGACUAAAGAAGAUGAAGAGAAUGACCUAGAAGUUCUUGAAUCUGGUCAAGUUAUGGAGAUCAUGGUUGUCAAACGUAGUUUGAAUGUGCAACAGGUGCAAGACGAGCAACAACGUGAGACUAUCUUUCACACACGAUGCAAGAUUCAAGAUAAGGUAUGUGUUGUGAUUAUUGAUAGCGGUAGUUGUACUAAUGUUGCUAGUUCAGUGAUGGUUGACAGAUUAGGUCUUAAGACGACAAAGCAUCCGAAUCCGUACAAGUUGCAGUGGUUGAAUGACGGUGGAGAACUUAAAGUGACGAAACAAGUGGUUGUACCGUUUUCAAUUGGAAACUACAAGGACGAGGUCCUUUGUGAUGUUGUGUCGAUGGAUGCUACUCACCUUCUUUUGGGGCGCCCUUGGCAGUAUGACAAGAGGGCAAUGCAUGAUGGUUUUACAAAUCGAUACUCUUUUAUGCAUGCAAGUAAGAAGAUUACUUUGGCUCCUUUGACACCGAGUCAAGUAAUUGAAGAUCAAACAAGCUUGAAAAAGAGUAAGGAAGUUGCAAAGGAGAAGAAAAAGAUGAGCGGAUUACCACCUCUUCGUGGCAUUGAGCACCAGAUUGAUUUCAUUCCAGGUGCUACCAUUCCAAAUCGACCAGCUUAUCGUACUAACCCUGAAGAGACGAAAGAGCUUCAAAGGCAAGUUACAGAAUUGAUGGACAAGGGUUAUAUUCGAGAAAGUCUAAGUCCAUGUGCUGUUCCGGUGUUGUUAGUACCGAAGAAAGAUGGGUCUUGGAGGAUGUGCGUAGAUUGUAGAGCUGAUCACGUAGAACAUCUGAGAGCUGUAUUGCAGACUUUGAGAGAAGAAAGAUUGUAUGCUAACGUAGAGAAAUGUGUGUUUUGUACUGACAGACUUACAUUUCUUGGUUACAUUGUGAGUGCACAGGGUGUUGAAGUUGAUCAUGAGAAAAUAAAGGCAAUUCAGGAAUGGCCACGACCGACAUCGAUUACUCAGGGUUCAAUGCGUGAUAUACUGAUCCGUAAAGCACAUGAAGGUGGAUUGAUGGGUCAUUUUGGGGUCACUAAAACGUUAUACACCUUAAAAGAGCAUCUUUUCUGGCCUAAGAUGCACCGAGACGUUGAACGCUACUGUGAACGUUGUGUGACAUGUAAGAAAGCAAAAUCGAAGGUUUCACCACAUGGUACGAAACUUAUGUUUUCUACUACUUGUCAUCCCCAGACUGAUGGGCAAACUGAGGUUGUUAACAGAUUUUUAUCUACUUUACUUCGAUCCAUCAUUAAAAAGAACAUCAAAACUUGGGAAGAUUGUUUGCCACACGUUGAAUUCGCUUAUAACCAUGCUGUACAUUCUGCUACUAAGAUGUCACCUUUUAAGGUUGUUUAUGGCUUUAAUCCUAUUACGCCUCUAGAUAUGUUGCCUUUGCCGCAGGAACAGGUGAUGAACAGGGACGGUAAAGCAAAAGCAGAAUAUGUGAAGAAAUUGCAUCAACAGGUUAAGGAGAACCUCGAACAAAGGACUCAACAGUAUACAAAGCAAGCAAACAAGGGCAGAAAGCGAGUCAUCUUCGAUGUGGGAGAUUGGGUUUGGGUUCAUUUCCGAAAGGAACGAUUUUCAGCCCAAAGGCGGUCCAAGCUGUUACCGCGUGGUGAUGGUCCUUUUCAGGUGUUGGAGAAAGUGAAUGACAACUCCUACAAGUUAGACUUGCCGGGAGAAUACAAUGUGAGUGCCACAUUUAAUAUAUCUGAUUUAACCCCUUAUGAUGAUUCUACAGAUUUGAGGACAAAUCCUUUUCCAGAAGGAGGGGAUGAUGUGCGCACGCUCACACCAACAAAGCAAACUGAUCCGGAAGUCUUACCAUUAUGA